CCUUUGCCUUCCUCCUUCCAAGCUGUGUCCCUAGUAAAAAAAAAAAAAAAAAAACAAACUUAUCCAAAUAGCAUUUUUCCUGAUCACACGGGGUGGCGGUCCGACAGGUUUUUUGCGCCUUUUCAGCCCGUUUGCCGAGCUAAACAAAACCGUAGAGUAGGCUAAAGGCGUGCUUUCGAAGUUCGAGGGAUUUGGUUGCUUAUAAAUAACCUCGUAAAUUAAGCUUCGUGCAAUCCGUACAGCAACCCCGCUGUGGGUCAGAUAGAUAAAUAACAGAGAAGGAACGUUAAAGCGGUUUUUUUUUUUUAAAGUAAUAAUAACUGGUAGGAGAGAACAGAAGAGCCGCGCUGGGGCGAAUUUGUUAUAAUAUAAUCUCAGUUGGACGGUGUGGCUGCGAGGGUAAAGGACAACUAAGCGCUCAAGGGAGAAGCCUACCGUAUCUUUAAAGGGCAAGCCCUUCGUUUCAAAAUGCGGCUCCCUUGGCAGAAGUGACACCCGCUCGAUCCAAGUCUCUUUUUGGCUCUCUGUCACGAUUUGCAGGCUUAACAUGUGUGUGCCAGUUGUGUGAAAAAACAAACUUCACUUGUGAAACAGAGGGAGCAUGUUGGACUUCUGUCAUGCUAACGAAUGGUCGGCAAGAAGUAAUAAAGGCAUGUGUUUCCCUACCGCAGCUGAAGGCACAGAUCUUCUGCCACAGUUCAAAGAACGUAACCAGGACCGAAUGCUGCUACACAGAUUUCUGCAACAAUAUCACCAUUUACCUGCCCACAGACACAGACAUUCAUCUCUUCAUCAAACUCUCAGGAGAUUUAAAGACUGAAAUCUCAAGCAUGCUUUCUUGGAAGCAAGUUCAGUUAAAAUUAGUGGCUGAAGCAAGUCAAGAACCAUCAAACAAAUCAAAGCUAGGACCUGUGGAGCUGACAGUAGUUACAAUCAUACCGGUGUGUGUGUUGUCUAUUGUUUUCCUGCUGGCAGCAUACACAUGCCAAGGACACCUCUGCAGACACAGAAAGAAAAGAAGGCCAAAUAUUGAAGAACCUCUGUCUGAGUGUAAUCUGGUGAACCCAGGAAAAUCUCUCAAAGAUCUAAUUUUUGACAUGACAACAUCGGGUUCUGGAUCUGGUUUGCCUCUCCUAGUCCAAAGGACAAUUGCAAGGACAAUUGUUCUUCAGGAAAUAGUUGGAAAAGGUCGAUUUGGUGAAGUCUGGCGUGGAAAAUGGUGUGGAGAGGAUGUUGCUGUGAAGAUCUUUUCCUCAAGAGAUGAAAGGUCUUGGUUUCGUGAAGCAGAAAUCUACCAGACAAUCAUGUUGAGACAUGAAAAUGUCUUGGGUUUUAUUGCUGCUGAUAACAAGGAUAAUGGGACUUGGACUCAACUGUGGCUUGUAACUGAAUAUUAUGAGCAGGGCUCUUUGUUUGACUACUUAAACAGCAAUGCUGUGACAGCUGAUGAAAUGAUUAAGCUGACAUUUUCAAUAGCCAGCGGUCUAGCACAUCUUCACAUGGAAAUUGUUGGAACCCAAGGAAAGCCGGCUAUUUCACACAGAGACUUGAAAUCUAAAAAUAUUCUAGUCAAAAGGAACGAAACCUGUGCUAUUGCUGACUUGGGGCUAGCUGUGAAGCAUGACUCUGUAUUAAAUACAAUUGACAUACCACAGAAUCCUAGAGUAGGAACCAAGAGGUACAUGGCUCCAGAAAUACUUGAUGAUACAAUGAACAUAAAUAAUUUUGAAUCUUUCAAGCGUGCAGAUAUCUACUCUCUUGGACUGGUGUAUUGGGAGAUAUCCAGAAGAUGCUCAGAUGGAGGAAUUGUAGAGGAGUACCAGUUACCUUAUUACGAAGCUGUGUCUUCUGAUCCUUCAAUAGAAGAAAUGAGAAAGGCCGUCUGUGAACAAAAGCUGAGGCCGAAUAUUCCAAAUCAGUGGCAAAGCUGUGAGGCGCUCAGACUCAUGGGCCGCAUCAUGCGUGAGUGCUGGUUCACCAAUGGGGCAGCUCGACUGACAGCACUUCGCAUUAAGAAGACAAUUUCUCAACACUAUGGACAAAAUUCCAAAGCUUAAAUUUACACAUCAUGUAAAAAUGGAACAGGAAAAUGUAUUUAUGUCUUUGGUUUUUGUAUGGUUUUUGAUUUUGCUCUACCUCACACGAUACUCAGAAUAGUACUGCAAAGCCCAAAUCCCAGAAUACUAGAAUGUAACUUCAUCGGUUCUUCACAUUUCAUCAGAAUUAACUUUUGGUUGCUGAGUGAGGUGUGUCUUGUUUUGGCUCGUAUAUGAAAAAUGGUUUAUUUUAUGGGCAUAAUCUAUGAAUAUGCUCCACAGUGUUGACAUGAUACUUCCUGCCAUGGCCAUAGAAGCUCCUGAAUCACAGAGAAUGUAUGAGAAGUGAACAUCAGUGAAAGUUUAUCACCCUAGCAGGGCUCUGUUCUUGUUUGUGUUGGUGGUAUACAUGAAUUUAAUUUGCUAGAGGCUAGACCAAAAGUGGCAACUUGUGAGCUAAUUUUAUCUCACCUUCCGUCUAACUUCACUCUUAUACAAAAACUACUUCCUUUUUGGUGAAAACCGUCUCUUCAUCCUCCUGGUAUUAAAAAAAAAAAGAAAGAAAGAAAAAGAGAGAGAAAGGUUGAAAAUAAAUUUUUUGACCUACUUCUGGUGGAACCCACUGCAUUCUGGAAAGUUAUCUCUGAAGGGCUGCAGCUUCUAGACAAAAGGUUAUCUAUUCUUCUAAGUAAACUUUGAGGAUAUUAAAUGCAUUGAAUCUUUAUUAAAAUAUAUUGGCCACUGGCUUAUUAAAAAAAAAUGUCUUGGAAAUGACCAGCUUUUUAGUUCACUUCAAGAACUGAGAAGUGAACUCUAAGAACUCUGUAGAUGCUGAGCCUGGAGACUUUCUGGAAGAUAUGGUUGACUGUAGGCUUUCCUCAGAAGAUUUCCACAGGCUGUGUCUUCAAGUCAACUAGAUUUACUUAGUACUUUUUUUUACUUUUUAUUUUCAGCCAGCCACAGUGCCUGCCUUACUCUGUAGCAACUUGGGUGGAGGGAGGGGUUUACAAAUAUCCAGGAGUGUUUCCAUCUUUUGUUCAGGAAGCCCCUAGAGAAAAAUGAGCCCCCUUCCCAGUGCUGGCAUAGCAAAUCCCCCUUUCUAAUGCCUUAAAGCAGUGUUUCCCAAACUUGACAAUUUUAAGGCAUGAGGACUUCAACUCCCAGAAUUCCACACUGGCUGUGGAAUUCUGGGAGUUGAAGUCCACAUGCCUUAAAAUUGUCAAGUUUGGGAAACACUGCCUUAAAGAAACCAUAGUAUUUCAUAACCAAAGAAAAAAGUGCAAGCACAUACCCUUGACAUUGCCAAUGUAAAGAAUCAGGAGGAGAUGUUGCCAAUCAGAGCUGAUAUGAUUGGGCUAAAUGAGCCAAAAGUUUGGCUUGUCUGCAUUCCUAAGGAAUUAAGCAAGUGAGAAACUGAGACCAAACUAUCAAGGCAUUUUUCACAGAACUUUGUAGAAUAGGUGGUGCGAUAUGUUUGUGUGUGUGCUUGUCUGUGUUUGUCUGUGUGCGCAUAUGUGUAUAUGUGUAAUGUAUAUUUGUAUAGAUGCACACACGUGCAUAGAUUUUAUUAAUCAAAUAAAACAUUAAAUAGAACAUGCUUACUGUGAAAGUUGUUAUAUUAUUAGUCACAUAAUAGACGAUCAUUUAUUUAAAAAUUUAACCGCCACAUUAGAGUUAAAUGUUGGAAAUUCUAUAUGUUAUGUGUCUGGUCUUCAAAUUUCUGUCUGUGAACUAAAUAUUCUAAAUCUAAAACAGUGUAAAGACGACAGGAUAAAUCUGGAAUGUCUUGUUUUGUGGUGCCAAAAUUUAGAAGAAAGUCACAAUGUAAUGUAAAAUAUGUGUAAUGUUUACCCGACGCUUCACAAAGUGUGAGAGUGUUUGGCCAAUAUAUAUAUACUGUAUCACUAAAAAACCUGAAGUCUAAAGGAAUGUCAAAUAAUCACAAGUAUCAGUAUUAAACUUUUGUAAAUUUGAAAAAAUGGAUGCAUAUAUAUUUUAAUAUGCCUUUGGAAAUCAAACUCAUAAAGUAUUGGAUUUGGGAGAGUGGCAGGUCCCUCCCUUUCUCUGUUUUUUUUUUUCAGGCCCCAUUUUUGAAGCAAUAUAUUCUGUCUCCUAGGUAGAAAUCAAAGCAGAGCUAUCUAGGCAGCAGGAACAGUUCUUGAGUUGUGGAGAUGCAGCUUUGAUGCUUAUUCUACAACCAGAGUUGGCUAGACGUGCCUUUUUCUUUUGUAAACUAAUUGUGGUUAAGAUCUUCUCAUGCAACCAGUGUUUUCCCAUAUGACUAAAGCUGACCAUGUAGAAAGAUAACAUGAGAAUCAUAAUUCUCAUAUGUACCUGUGGUUCACAUGAAUCCAAUGUGGUAUGGGAUUGCCAAAUUUAAGGUUAUGGUUUGCAAGUGAAUUAUUCCACUUCAUAAACAGAGGAAAGUAAUAAGACCAAACUGUUGCUGGUAUUUCUGGUUGCAACUCUCUCUGUGCAUGACAGAGAGGGCUAACUGUUCCCAGUCAGCCACCCAUGAUAUAUUCAGUCUGAAAUCCCAAAUGGUGAGUCUCCAAAUUUCUAGGGGGGGGGGAAAAAAAAAACAGCUGUAGCUUAGAGAUAUAGCACAUAUUUCUAGGGUGAGGCUAGAAAGAGUUUUAUCAGGGAACUAAACGCUACCCUGAAGAUGAAAACAGUAUCACUUUAUUUUGUUAUUUUUCUGUCUUAGGAAUCAAGCCAGCCAUCUCAGGGAUGUUCGUAUUAAUUUGGGGGUCUUAAAAAUGAAAAUAAGUAGGUUGACUUCUAUCUUUUUUUAAAAAAAAUCUAAAAUCUGUAUGCAUCCCUAAGCCAAGAUUACAUCAGUGUAAUCAACUAUGAAAAUAGGAUUUUCGUUGAUACUGACUCUUGUGAUGUGAAUAUAACUUGUGCCAAUACAGUAGUAAACAGAGAUUUACAAGUUGCCUAUUGUCAUCUUCACCAGUAUGACAAUCAUUAUUUUAGCUUAAACUAGUUUUUAGCAUAAUGCUUGAGCUUUUGAAGGAAAUGCACAGGUAACAACAGCUCCUAGAUAACUUGGGCUGAAUUCCAUACCUAAGCAAGAUCAGCCCUGGUUAGCAUUUGAACUGGAGCCAAUACCAGGCUGUAGCUAGACCAUGAAAUCAGAAUACAUCUCUCCUAAGAGAAAGCAGUGGCAAACAAAUGCCGUAAUACUAAUACCAAGAAAACUGUGUGGAUGUAGUCACUAGUAAUCACUCAAUUCAAGGGCCUUUAAUUGUUUAAAUUAGGCAUUAAUGAUAUUUAUGUUGAUGUUAAAACAACUGAAUACACGUAAGAAGUAUGUGUCACAUAUUUAUGCAUAGUGGUUGAUAAUGUGUUUUAAUUUGAAUUGUCAUCUAAAUGCCUGUGUUUGAUCAUCUCUAAAUGGUCCAUUUCUAUACACAAGAAUCAUUUGAUGCUACGCUUCAAAACUGAUAAACAAGCAAAAGUAUGAACUGAGUCACCAAUGAUGACUUUUUGAGACAUACAGUAGAAGUAGUAUUCCUAGAUUUUCUGUAGUGUCACCCUUCUAUUUGUCAUUUUACCAUUAUGCUUACAUUUUAAAAUUAGAAUAACAUUCUGUUCUUGAAAUUGAUAUUGUUAUGUUAAAAUAACAAGAGUGAGAAAUUACUUGCAUAUGACAAUUGUUGCUCAUAUUCUUUGUUCUCUAAGGACUGCUGAUAAAGCCUGAACUCUAUAAAGUGUGCAAUUCUCACAUGAAUAAUUACCAUAGUUGCUUUACAGUUAACAGAAUGCUGCCACAAAUAGGGAGUUUGUGUGUUAAAAUAUUUUGUUAUGGAUAUGCUUGUGUUUCUCUUACUUGUGUGAAGUAAUCCAAAAGAAUCAAGCACUUCCCAUUCCUUACAGGCACCACAAGUUUAUGGCUUAGGCAGAAAAUAAGUAUUAAAUGCAUAAAAUAGUACUAUUAAAUGUGAUGAAAGUGCAAUAGAUUAAAUCUGAAGAAAAUAUGUGUAACUGAGUUGUGUAAAUUUAUAUAGGAAGAAAUAAGUUCAAAUGACGGCUGAUGGAGCAGAGCUUCAUUCUAGAAGGGGAAGAUGUACAUUUUUAAUUGCAAAUGCCUAUAAAGAAUAUGUGUCAAGAAUAGAUUUCUUUUAAACUAUCUUUAAAUAAAAUUAUAGAACUGAAUGGUGAAAUAAGUUUUCAUACCAUACUUCCUUUAAGCUAGUAUAUAUGUCACAAGAAAUAUUUAUUUUUUAAACAAAUAGCUUUAGUAUUGCUGCUGCUGCCUCUAGCUAUAAAUAAUAUGUCUGUUGUAUUUUUGUAUACUACUUUUUGCCUCUCAAAGCAUAUUUUUAAAGUGUCAAUUUUACAAUUUUAAUUUUUCUUUGCUGUUUGUUUUUGUGAUGCAUAAUUUCUUAUAAAUAAUAAAAAAAUGAAUGUCUGA